AUGCCCGGAUCUGAGACAUCAAGCAUCAAGGCCAAGACUUUUAUCAUGGCAUCUGUCAAGCACUUUGCCGUUCUGACGGCAGUCGCUUCCUGCCUUCCUUCUGUUUUUGCAGCAGUGAUUGCUCCUCCUUCUUCUGCUCUUUCAAACUCGCAAUCCUCCUUGACAUUGCUUUAUCAGAACAACCUCAACUUCACCGACGAUGUCAACCAUAUCAGUGCUAUCCUGCUGGACCCGGCGACUGUUGCCAAUGCAGGAACUGGUUGUGCCGCCCUCAACGAGACGUUGAUCUCACAGUCGGCUCUACAAGCACACUCCUCAGACUUUGUCAACCAGCUCUCUUAUGCAUUCUACGCUGGUCGCUCGACACAAGACCAAAAGUGGCAUAUCGAAGGUGGCCAGACUGUGGAAGUCCACAAUAACGCCUUGAAGUUCGCAAAAGCUGGUCCUGGCAAUGUUCUGCCUGUGCUCUGCACCCAGUCUAGCCAGAGCAACAUGCCCAGCAAUGCCGUCGCCUCGGCCGCCAACGAGAUCAAGAUUGCUUCUUCUGGCAACACUUAUGUAGGCUUCAGGAACAAGAAGUCUUUCCGCUUCCAGGGUAUUCCCUUCGCAGAUCCCCCAGCCAGAUUCGCCUACUCGACUGUGUACUCUAAGACCGGACAGACGAUCGAUGCCACCAAGUAUGGACCUGACUGCGCACAACCGUAUGAGAGUUCUAGCAGCGAGAACUGUCUCUUUGUCAACAUUCAGACUCCCUACAUUCCCAGGGCCGGGUCGAAGAAGAACUUGAGACCUGUGCAUUUCUGGAUCUAUGGUGGCGGUUUCACCGGCGGAUCCGGUGCCAGUGCAGGAAGCGAUGGCGGACAGCUGGCCUCGAGAGAAGACAUAGUUGUUGUUGAGGUAAAUUAUCGCCUGACCACUCUCGGCUUCCUCGCUAUUCCAGGAACCAACAUCACAGGAAAUUACGGAAUUUCCGACCAAAUUACCGGACUGGAUUGGGUCCUCAAGAACAUUGAAAACUUUGGAGGUGAUCCUAACAAGAUCGUGAUCAAUGGUGAAUCUGCAGGUGCCGGAUCCGUGCGUACUCUUCUAGGUUCUCCUAAGGCCAUCGGCAAGUUCAGAGGAUCUAUCGCCAUGUCGAACUUGGGCGGCGGUGUUGAUCUUGGCUUGACCGGAAACUACGCCACGACCUACAGUUCUUUCUUGACACCUGCCGAGUCGUACUCUCGCAGUGAAGCUCUAUUCGGCGAGAUUGGCUGCAACCAGACCACUCUUGAUGCUCGUAUCGCAUGCCUGAGAGCCACUCCAGCACAGACGAUUGUGAACGCCGCCACUGUCGCCAGAUAUGUGGUCCAAGAUGGAGUUUACGUCGACACCGAAACUCUGGAUGUAUACAACCGCAACGGCAGUGCUGCAAACGUCAACACAAUCUGGGGAGUCACCGCCAACGACGGUGCAUCCUUCUCGACCUACCCCAAGACUCCUGUGACGAGCGAACUGGCAGGAAUCGUUGCUGCAUUGGGCAUUUCGACAGCAGAGGCUCAGUCAAUCAUUGACUCUGGACUCUUCCCUUACUACGACACUGGCAAUGUGACUUUGGACUCGUUCAACGUGUCGCAGAGAGUGGCCACAGACAACCAGUUCCGCUGUAUCGACCAAGCCACCGUAUAUGCUGGCGUAGAAUCCGGAGCCUUCAAGACAUCGUACUUCUACCAGAUGCAGAGGACAGGCUCAGGCUAUGAUCCUAAUGGGCUUGGCGGUCCUCCAGUCGAGCCUGGAUACCCCUACGGCAACCCAGAGAAGCCAUACUUCAAGCUCCACGGUUCCGACAUGCCCUGGGUUNUUCGUGACCCUCUGCGCGAUGCCAACGAUCUCAAGUCUGUGCAGCUUGAAAGUGGUUACUUUGCCUCUUUCGUCCGCUCGCUGGAUCCCAAUCCUCCAGCCAACUACCUCCAGGUCCGCGGCUACACCAACACUACACAAGGAGUCAAGCAGAGUGGACCUUGGCAGCCUGUUGCCAACGAUCAGGGUCCAAUGAAGUUGCUCGACUUCCCUUCGGUGACUGCCGACUUCCAGGAUCUGCCUCAGGUGAAUUUUCCAUUUGAUUUGUCAAUAUAA